CUCCGGUGAAUGAACUCGGCAAGCAACUAGACUCGAGACGCGAGAAAAAGCAAACGCUUACCUCGAGAACUUGGAGAGACAGCAAAGGCGGGAGGGCUGAGUCACGUGUUCGUGCGCCGAAACGACUCCUCACUUCCUCCGGCAGCUGAGUCAUUUGUUGACUCCCCUCUGAUGACUGUCACUUUUUCGAAACGACACUGAAUCUUUCGAGGAUCACAUAGACCUCGGAAGACACUAAAGUCAAAACAAGAUAACGGAAAAGAGAAAAGAGUAAAGAAAGAGAACCGAAAAGGAAGGAAGGAAAGGGAAGAGAAGGAGAGGAGAAGAUGGCAUUAACUAAGGCAAUGAAGCAGCUUCUCGCUGUUCUGGGGUCGAAACGGCAAUCAAAAACUUCUUCUCCACUUCCGCCCCCGCAACCAACACCAGAGAGCCAAAAUCCAGUUCUACUCCCAGUUCGAGAAACGGAAACCCCCUCGCCAGACACCAAGUCCGCGGUUGCCGUCCCGGCCAACACACCACCAAAGGAGGUGGAGGAGAAGAAAGAGCUCAGUGAGGGCCGAAAGGGUGGUUCGGCGAUAGAAAGCCUGCCAACCGAGCUUCGGAUAGCGAUCCUAGAAGCGGUAACGGAGGUGAGGAGUCUGGAUGCGCUUCUUCGCGCCUCCCCAGGUUGCUGGCGCGCAUUCCACGGCCCGAGGAUAAAAAUCCUCAAAGGAUUGCUCCAGCAUGAGCUACGCCCUUCUCUCCUCCUCGAGGCGCGGACGGUCGUGGAAGCAACGAAGGUCCCUCGAGAUGGGGAGAGGCUGACAUCUCUCCGGCACUUCAUGACGGGGUAUAAAGAGUUGAAAGCAAGACUCGCAUCCUCUGGCAAUGCGUCUGGAGAGUUGCCGCCGAGCGAGGUGGAGAUUGCGGAUGGGGAUGUGAUUGAGAUGGCGAAUCGGGAGCUACUGAUUCAGAUCUUGACGGUCCAUUUCUGCAAAGAUGCAUUGCGUCCGGUAUCAGCGAGCAAGCGCUCAGCGCCAAUUCCUCGCGCUCAUCUUGAGAUCUCGGAGACGGAGAGGCAUAGGAUCCAGCGAGCGAUGUAUAGGUUUGAGAUUUUCGUCGCGUUGUUUGCGGAUAAAGAUUUUGGGAAGCCGUAUAGAGGGCAUGGGGUUGGGGAGCAGGAGAUGGCGGAUUUGUAUUUUGGGGGUGAGGGGAUGAAGGAUUGGGAGGCUGAGGAGUUGGCUUGUGUGCGGGAUUGGAUAGUCCGCGUUUAUAGGAGAGUGCUGGAGGAGACGAAAGAACUCGUCUGGGAGAUGAACGUUGAGAGUGAGAGGCAGGAACUGAGAUGUUUCAUGAAAGAAGGAAAACAGUUGGAGGCUCGAGCUGAGAAACAGGUUUUGGCACGCCAUCAAUACUGGGAACCCGAACAAUGUGAAGCCUUGAUGAUGAUGGGCCUUCCAUUCCUUGCGAAAGCGCUCAAAGCAGCUUCAACGAAGGAGAAAUUCGAACUCCUGAAACCCCACCUCAUCCAUUCUUUCAUGUACGCGCCGACCUUCUUGACGAAGGCGCUCGAAGGCACUCCCGACUCCGGGCCUCCCCUUGCCUAUAUCCAAGUACACCACCGAAGACCAAGGGUCCAAUUCGAUGGCGAUAUUGAAGAUGGACCGAAUGCGGCGUGGGUGCGGAGUAAGCGGAGUGAAAGAGAGGCGCAGGGACAGUGGUUUGAGAGUCGCGGCGAAAGGUGGAGGGAGUGGGGUUACUGUUUGUGGGAUGAGGAGAGGCUGAAAGGCUGGGGGUGUGGGGAGUGGAAUUGGAGGAAUGGGGCGAGGAGGGAGAGGGGACGGUGGGUUUGCGAGGAGGUGGUGAGGCUGAGUGGGAGGGUGUUGCCGAAGUGGGUUUGGGUUGUUGAUGGAGACGAGUGAGGAGGGAGUGAGAGCGCGUGAGUAAGAGCGUUGUUUCUGUCCGGACCAGAAGAAAGGGAAAGUAAUAUAAGAAAACUCAAAUAUCGAAAGCCGUUUGGAGUGGCAGACUUACGGGUGUGUUCAAGAUGUUUAAGUCCUGAAAAUGACUACCCCGUCACCAGGCUAGCGGAACACUUUCACUUCUGAUAAAAUCGAUCACAAACCAUUACAGUGCCUCACGCUUCUCCAAAACCCGAACAAAGACAGGAAUGG